CAUGCGCGGCUCCCCUAGCCGCGUCUUCCCGGCGGGCCCUCCGCGCCUGCGCACCCGGCGCAGCCCGUGUAGUGUCGGCGGGUUUCCGGGAGUCGCGAGGGCGCCAGGCAGCUUGCUCCACGGCCUGCGCGCGGCCCGCCGGCCCAGCAGAGGGCGCCCGCCAGCACGACCCUCGGUUUCUAACCCGGGUUCUUCCCUUCCCUGCUCCGAAGUGAGGGAUUUACCCGAACUAGGCGGGCGGGGAGGCUGGAGGAGAAGCUGCCUAACAGCCGGCCGAGGCGGCCCCCGCCCCAGGGGAGCCCGCCCUGCAGCCCGGGGCCGCGGCCGAGCGCAGCCCCGCCUGCGGCCUCGAGAGCGGAACCCGAGGACCCGGCGCGGCCAGAAGCUCUUCGGAGGAGCCAGCAUUAAGGCCGAGGGAGCGGCCGCGAGCCUCCCACUCCCACCGGACACUCCGCGACGGCAGUUAACACACCUGAACCCGUCCAUCCUCAACCUGUCAGUUGCACCGGGAAGCCUCCCCGCGGUCCCGCGCCCGUCCCCACCGCCCAGCCACGCAGUUCUGCAGUCACCACCUCAACGACCCGCUCCGAAACCCCACAGCCUCCUCUUGGUAGACCCGAGACACACACUGCCCGAGUCCACGCGGUCCUGCGCUCCCUUGCCGCACCCGCGCAGCGUCGUGCUCCAGGCGGCCGCGGCACCCUGGGGCCCUAAUACUCAGUCCUGGGUCUCCACCACCCCACACCCUUCCCCGGCAGUGGACCCGCAGCCUCCAGCUCGCCGUUUCCGCAGCCGUCUCCACGCCGAAUAUCCAGCUCCCACGGACGGUCCCACCGGGCGGCUCAGGCACACCCCGCCCCUCACCAGGUCUGAAACAGAAUUCAUCAUCGUCUUCCUCAAAACUGGCCUCGUGCAGACUUCCCCACAUUAGGUGAAUGGCACAGCCAUCCUGCCACCCUCCCCACCAAGAUGGAAGGCACCAACUGGGUAUCACACGCUGAUUUGAACAUCUAGCUGAUAACACGAGGGUGAGCGUAUCAGGCGAGACCUCUGCCUCAUCAGGGCUGGUCCAGUGAUCACACGCGUUCCGACAGCGCUGGAAGAUGUGGAGGACGGGUACAGGGUACCACAAGAGAGCACGACAGGAUGGGUCCCAGAGGUCGUGGACGGCUUCCCGGGGGCAGUACCUAAGCUGUUUCCUGAAGAACGAGCAGGACUUCACUAGGUGAGGCUAAGGCGUCCACCCUAGGCGGGGAGGAGAGUGGAGUGGAGGGAGUUGAUCACUCAGCAGCCGAUUCCCCCACAUAAGUCUCUCCAGUCCAUCCGUGUCCCUACAUCACCACCCUGGCCCACGCCUUCAUCUUCUGCCUGGGUUACAGCAGGCUGGCAGGCCUUCUCCCACAUCUACUUAUAGCCUUCAGUUCGUUCUCAGCCAGAAUCAAAGCUAAGCGUGUCUCUCAUACACGGCUCGGUCUUCCCUUGACUUUAGGGUCAAGCCAAAAGCCUGGGCCGACCUGUAAAGCCCUGUCUUGUCUGGGCUCUUCCAGCUCUGCAGCCCUGUGUCAUACACUUUGUACCCCACUCUCUGGAUUCCCUUCAGGUCCUCAAGCCCCAGGGCCUUGGCACAUGCUAUGCCACUUUCUCAGGGAAACUUUCCCCAUCCAGUGCUCUCCUGUAUUUACCAUCAGAGGACCCUGUCCCUCUUCCUUACAGGGUUCUAUCAGUUUGUGACUAUGAGUCUGUGUUGAUCACGUGACUGUUCUCCACAAGAGCCAUCUCUGCCCUGCUCAUUGUUUCCUUAGUGCCCAGAAGAGCCCAUGACACAAGCACUGUGACACCCCACCACUCUGUUCUGGGACCUUACCUAGGCCACUUUACCUUUGUGGCGUCAGUGUUCUAACAUGUAAAAUGUAACCAGUACUUGCCAUGCAGACUUGCUCUCAGGAGCGAAUCCAUUAUUUAAUGGAUAAAAAGCACUUGAUAAAAGUACUAUCCCCAAAGUUAAGAAAUAAGUUAUGAGAGGCGUUCAACAGAACAGAACAGAUGUUCACCGUUCCAGCUUUAUUUUCAUUUGGUCACACAUGCUUUAAAAAACAUACACACACGCCUGUAAAAUACCCAAACAUCAGGAAUUAGAAGGGCAUAAAACAAGGGGCUUACAGGUGGAAAGAAUAUCCUAGGCUUCAGAACAAACAAAACCAACUCAAAAAUUUCUUUGUUCAAAACACAAAAAUAUUUUGUUUUUAAAAACA